GAUCAAUUUUAUUGAUGUUUUCGCUUCCCGACAUACGUAGGUUCUGAAGCAGCCAGGGUUGCACCUUCCAAACCACCAUGAAAAUCGAAAGCGCCGACCCCUGGAGAGCAAGAAUGACGGACAUGAAAAUUCUAAGACCCGAAUCCUAUUCUUGGAACAUAUUCCCAAAAAUAUAUUGCCAAUAUCUGCAUUAUUGCGACAGCAUUCCAGCCCGCAUUCCUCGCGAAACCAAGCAUUAAACCGUCAACAAAACAACCUGAAUAUUAACUGCCGCGCAUCCGCCACCAUCCACCAAACAACAAUCUAGUUCCAAACAUGAUGGACUCCGGAUUCCGUCCUGGUAUCUUGCCAAUAUCGCAAACCGAUACCAUGACGUCAAAAUACAUGUCUCCCGCCCUCGAAGCAUCGCCAUUUCUGCUUGGCGCUUUUGCUGCCACGCUCUGGGAAGCCUUUCUGCCUGGACCGGAUCGCUUCGAGCAUUUUAUCGAUUACACUUGGUGUGUUCCUAGGCUGUUUAUGAUAAGUCUGGUUUCUGGAUAUCUCUUUUACCAUGGUACGCAUCGUCGGUACCAGUGGUAUCCAAUCGCUCCCCUCACUCGAGCAUACCUCGAUAUCACGCGGACGUACUCUUCGUGUUAUAUUCUUGGUCUGAUUGGUAUAUCUGCGGGUUUCAAGAUGAUUUUUGUAAUGGUCUCGUACAUGGACCCGUAUGAUAACACAUCAAAAAUCCCGACUGCGAACUGUACGAUUAGGGUUGUGUUGUUGUUCUUCGUCUUGGCGUAUUCUGUUUUGGGACUGGGUGUUUGCAUUUUGGUGUCGAAACCGCUUGGGUACGAUAGGAAGCGGUUGCGGAUUUUGCAGGAGGGGUAUGAGGUGAUGGAGGGUUGAUGAGUGGCUGUAUUGUUUUUGUUUUUGAGGUUGCAUAUUUACCCUGCAUGAGAUGAUUGAAUUGAGGGCAUGUUUAACCUGUUUCGCUUGCACCUCCUCAAACACCACACUUUUAUCCACCGACGAGGUCAAAACCUCGUUUUCUGCCAACGGCAUAGUGUCAACACCCCAGGGACAACUAUUGGCCUCAUCAAGUGUCACAAGCCUCAUUUCAACGUCCCCAUAUUACCAUUGUAAUGUCAGUUGACAGAAACAUAAAAACAUUCCUGCGGCGAAAUCCACAAUGCUGCCAAAGUCAUCUCAGCAAGACCCUUAGAGUAUUUGUGUCCAUACAACGACAUUCUUGGCGAGAAAGUACCCCGUUAAAUUAUUCCAAGGCGGUGAAUAAUACCUAUCUGUUCAUCUGAUUGGACGCUCGAAUUUCCCAAAACAGAAAUAUCUGAGGCUGCAUUCAAAUUUCCAAUCAUUACAGCGAAGUUCAGCAGCGAGAAAGAGCUGCAGAUCUAUAUG